GGGGGCGUGGCGCAUUCAGGUCCAUCAAGAAAAGAUGAAAAUAUCUGGAAAUUGGGAAAUUUAAAGUUCAAAAGACCUAAUUGUGUGCUGAUUUUGAAGUUCAGUUCGCAAUUGAAAGUUUUUCCAUCAAUUUGUGAGACAAAAUCUCUUUUCGGUGACGUCUCAGGCCUUUCAACUUGCCUCCUGAUCAUUUUCGGGGCGCGAUGGCCGAGGAGGACGAGUUGACCCUGCCGCGCGCGUCCAUCAACAAAAUCAUCAAGGAAAUCAUUCCGAACAUCAGGGUGGCGCAGGACUCGCGCGAACUCAUCCUCAACUGCUGCACCGAGUUCAUCCACCUGAUUUCGUCCGAGGCCAACGAAAUCUGCAACCAGAACCAGAAGAAGACCAUCAACGCCGAGCACGUCUUGCAGGCCCUGGACAAGCUGGGGUUCGGCGACUACCGGCUGCCCGCGGAGACGGUCCUGAAGGAGUGCAAGUCGGUGGCGGCCAAGCGGCGCCGCCAGAGCACCCGCCUCGAGAACCUCGGCAUUCCCGAGGAGGAGCUUCUGCGCCAGCAGCAGGCCCUCUUCGCCAAAGCGCGCGAGGAGCAGGCGGCCGUGGACGUGGCCCAGUGGCAGGAGGUGCAGGCGGCCGCGGCCCACCAGAGCUCCUCCUUCACCACCGACGUGCUGGUCAAAAAGGAGGAACAAGACGACGACGAGGACUACUGCUGACCUCCGCAAUUCUUUUCUCGCCAAAUUUGUCCAGUUUCGUCUUCAAAACAGACUGCUGUGGUUUUGUCAUUGAAAUAAAUUGUUCAUUUCUGCAAACAUUUUAUAA